UGUUAACAUGGUUCUCUGUGCACAGGAAUGAAAAGAGAGUAAAUCAUUGUGAAUAUCGUUGGUUGGAGCGGACAGGAGGCUGUAGGUCUCAUGUCCUUCCACCGGGAACUGCGGGCGCUACGCUACAUUCAGAAGGGAGAUGUCCUGAGACUGAAGUCAUAUAUUCGCCGGCACCGCCGCCAUCUGCAGCUCGACCAGCUUCUGCCAGGGGGACAGAGCCUUCUUCACGCUGCCUGCUUAACACGCGAUAAUGCCUGCGCUCUACUGCUGCUCCGUAAAGGUGCUGACCCCAUGCAGUGCGAUGCUGCAGGAAACAACGCUCUGCACGUGGCAGCUCGGGAGAUGGAGAAGGGAGAAUGGAGAGUGUACACGGACCUGUGCGUUCCAAUUCUGAAACGUUGUCCGCAGACGAUGGACGUUCCAAACAAGCAAGGGACAACGGCACGUGAAAUCCUUCGCCGGGCAGAAGACCUCAUGAGACAUAGCAGGGAACAGCAGACCUCCCCGUUCACGGAUCCCUCAUCUAAGGAGACAUCAGAGUGGAGAGAGAAGCUUUUUGCAGAGGGUAUGGAUGAAUACCAGGAGAUCUUUGGGCAAUAUGAUGAUGACGACUACUCGGAUUCAGUUCCUGACAUGGAAAGCUUCGAGUCCUGGGCGGACCGUAUCUACACAGAGUACCAUGCCAGAAAUUGCCGGUCCAACAACAUGAGUUUGAAGACUAAGGUUGUGACUUCACAGGACACUUCCAGGCUUGUGGAAGAGCGGAGAUACCUGGAUAGAAAAGAUCAAAUGGAGGGAGAACUGCGCCAGGCGCAGAGUGAGCGGUAUCACAAGAGAUGCCAGGAGGUGUUUGGGGGAGCGGGUGCGAGCAGCGAGGAUGGCUCAAAGCAUAGCAGUAGCAAAGCCACGCUAAGUCAUGACACGACUGACAAUGACAAUGCUAAUAACACCAACACAAGGAUGGGUACGAGUAUGUUGAGCUACAAAGACAUACCGUGGCCGCUCCCUGGUGGCACUGCAGAGCAGAUGGCACGGUUCAUAGCAGCAGGUGCAGACUCUUCUGACGUCACAACAUAUAAGCGCUACCUGCGGGCACAGAGAGUGACGUGGCAUCCAGAUCGCUUUAUGCAGAGAUGUGGCGCUCGUCUUCUUGCCAAGGACCGGGUGCGGGUGUUGGAGACUGUUACGGCUCUGUCACAGGAGUUAAACAGACUGGCAGAGCUGGCAAAGUGAUAGAUGUGGUACCACUAAUACCCACAGC